UUUAGAAACUGAGAUGACUAUGAAAAGACUGUUUAAAGGAGCGAAUUAGUUUGGUGGACUUUAUUUACGACGAUUUUCUUCUCUGUGUCGAGAAUAUUUUGAAGCCUUCGCGAUGAUUAUAGGGCCAAGACCGACGGUGGGCUGGGUAGGAUACCUGAUGCUCGGGGGAUCCUGGUAUCGCAUGGCUAUUGUGAUGGUAUUCUUCGGCUUCGCUACCAUCUUCAUCGUGAAUCAGGGUCGCCAGGCCAUCACUCUGCACUAUACCACGCCGGUGCCUUUCCCUCCGCCCGUGAUGUUCCUUCCCUCGCCCGCCCACGCCCACACCACAGCCCUGGACGCCUGCUCUGUCGAGGCCGCGGGUGUGAAUCCAUUCAACCCAACGGACCGGAGGCGAGUCUAUGUGUUCAUGUGGACGAGGACCAUCAGCCACAGCGACGUGUGGGGGAGGUGGAUCUUGGACUUACCCAAGGUCGACAUCUCGCUGGUGAACCUCCCGAAGCUCGUCAGCCAAACGCCCCUGGAGGAGAUCAGGAAGCACACCAUCAGGAGCUCGUGGCCGGACUGGAUGGUGUGGGCGGCGACUCGCGUGUCCCUGCUGUGGGCGGCCGGGGGGAUGGUGCUGCCCCUCGGCGCCAUCAUGACGAAGCCGCUCAUGGUGGACGCCCACGGGCCCAAGUCAGGCCUGGUGGCACUGACGGAGGACGGCGAAGUGGACCCGCUUCUGAUGGCGAUACCCGCUCACCACCCGGUUCUGCUGGCCAUAGCAGGGCAGCUGGGACGUCUGCUAAUGUUAAUGACAGGGAACCAAGAAGCUAUCCAUUUGACAGCAGCAGAUGAGAAGGCAAAUCAUCAACUGGAUUCGUAA